UUUUCCAGCAUAAAUAUGUCUGAACUUUCAGAGCCAGAAGGUACUGUAAACUGGAAGGAAAGAUGUUUAACUUUGGAGUCACAGUUAAUGAAAUUUCGUCUCCAGGCAAGCAAGAUCAGAGAACUGUUAGCAGAAAAGAUGCAGCAGCUUGAGAAGCAAGUUAUAGAUGCUGAUCGUCAAGCAGAGAGAGCGUUUCAGCAGGUGCAGAUCAUGGAAGAGAAAUUAAAAGCAGCAAAUGUUCAAACAAGUGAAUCAGAAACCAGGCUGUAUAAGAGAUGUCAAGAUCUGGAGAUCCUGAUACAAGAUAAAAAUGAUUUAAUACAAAAAUUGGAGCAACAACUUGAAGAACAGAAGCAAAUAAGACUGCAAGAAGCAAAAAUCAUAGAAGAAAAAGCAGCUAAAAUAAAAGAAUGGGUGACAGUCAAGCUUCAUGAGUUAGAGGUGGAAAAUCAGAACCUUCGCCUGAUCAACCAAAAGCAAACCAAAGAGAUGAAAACAGUACAAUCUAAACUGCAAGAAGCUACUGGUAAGAAAUCUGUUACUUCAACACAAAAACCUGGAGAGUGUCAGCGACUAAGCAGUUUGACUUUUGGAUGCUUUUCAAAUAGAGCAAGAAGUCCACAACCAUCGCCUAAGCAUGAAGAAACAAGCAAGGUUUCACUUAAAGAGUCAGACUACCCUGAAGGCAAAAACAAGCCAGAGAAGGAUGUCCUGGAAACUACCUUUGCUGGUCCUGUACACGAGACAAAUAAAGGUCAGAAGUCAUUGCAACAGAGUUCCUCUGAGCAGAACAAAAAUGUGAGAGCAAGCUGCUCAUCCAAAGACAUAGACAGUGACAUGUCAAAGAACUCAUGCACUACUGGGAGUGACUGGAGCUCAGAUGAGGAUGGAGGAGACAAUAAAAGACUGAAAUCCAGGUGUGCAUCAACUCUUUCAAGCCACACAUCUGAAAAGAAUGCAAGGUACAGUAGAGUGGAGAGUGAAAUGUAUUUGACAGCAUCUGAUGACAGUAGUUCUCUCUUUGAAGAAGAGGGUUUUGAUGUUAAGAGGACUCAGCAAAAGAAGCUAUACUCAUGGCAGCAAGGGUCCCAAAGAAAAGGCCUGAGCAAUCUGGGUGGAAAGUGCAACUCUGACUUCACAAGGAAAAAGAAAGACCAAGAUAGUUCUUCAGAUGAACUGAAUAAGAAAUUUCAAUCACAGAGGCUUGAUUACUCAUCCUCAUCCAGUGAGACAAACACCCCAAGUCCAAUCUUAACCCCUGCUCUGACACCCAAACACCCAAUUCUAGCAACUUCUGCAGGUUCUCAGUGCACAACUCCAUCCAAUUUUCCCUCAAAUUUGCCACAUCCAAAGUUACGGACCCCUAAUGUCUUCAGUCUAAAUUCAGUGUUAGCAAAGAAACACCUAAGCCAGCCCCAGCUGAGUUCUGACAGAAUGUUUGGUAGAAAUAGAAAUGCCAUAAGCAUGAUCCGUCCAUGGAGACCUCAGGAAACAGACAUAGAUCUGGUGGAUGGAGAAGAGACUGAUAUUUUAGAGAAAAUGGAGAUUGGCUGUGAUGAAGGAGUGUUUACCUAUGACUGCACUGAAGCACAAGAUGCUGAAGCCCAGGAACUUUGUGAUACAAUGAAAAAAGGUACUAGCAACAAACCUCCAACACCUCCAUUGCAUCGAUUUCCUUCCUGGGAAAGUAGAAUUUAUGCUGUUGCCAAAUCUGGUUUAAGGAUGUCUGAAGCCUUCAACAUGGAAUCUCUUAAUAAAAGUGCUGUUUCACUAACUUCAUGCUCUGUAUCUGGAUUAUAUACUUCUCUGAUAUAUAAGAACAUGACCACUCCUGUCUACACCACUUUGAAAGGGAAAGCAACUCAAAUAAGCAACAGCCCAUUUCUAGAUGAGUCGUCAGGAUCUGAGGAAGAAGACAGCUCUCGGUCCAGCUCUCGGACUUCUGAGUCUGAUUCUCGAAGCAGAAGUGGUCCAGGGAGUCCUCGGGCUAUGAAACGAGGUGCAUCUCUGUCUUCUGUGACCUCAGAAAGUGACUAUGCUAUUCCUCCAGAUGCAUAUUCAGUAGAUACAGACUAUUCAGAGCCAGAGCAGAAACUUCUUAAGACCUCAUCCUCAUCUAGUGAUAAUGGAAAAAAUGAGCCUUUGGAAAAAUCUGGAUAUCUGUUAAAAAUGGGUGGUAAAGUAAAGACCUGGAAACGACGGUGGUUUGUCCUUAAAGGAGGUGAAUUGCUAUAUUACAAAUCUCCAAGUGAUGUUAUUCGAAAGCCUCAAGGUCAAAUUGAGCUAAAUGCAUCCAGCCACAUUGAAAGGGGUGAUGGAAAACAAACAAUUCAGCUAACCACAGAGAAACGAACAUACUACCUGACUGCAGAUUCCCCCAACAUCUUAGAGGAAUGGAUCAAAGUACUGCAGAAUGUUCUUAAAAUACAGGCUGCCAGCCCACUCUUCGUACAGUCUGAAAUCAAGCCAACCAUGAAAGGACUACUAACAAAGGUGAAACACGGAUAUUCCAAAAGGGUUUGGUGUACCCUAGUUGGAAAAAUUCUGUAUUAUUUCCGAAAUCAAGAAGACAAGUUUCCUCUUGGUCAAAUCAAGAUUUUUGAGGCAAAGGUUGACGAAGUUGAUAGAUCCUGUGAUUCUGAUGAAGAUUAUGAAGCCAGUGGUCGCAGUUUAUUAUCAACCCAUUACACUGUUGUUAUCCACCCCAAAGACCAAGGACCCACUUACCUUCUUAUAGGAUCCAAACACGAGAAGGACACAUGGCUUUAUCAUCUGACAGUUGCAGCUGGAAGUACCAGUGUAAAUGUUGGAUCUGAGUUUGAACAACUUCUUUGCAAAUUAUUAAAUGUGGAAGGUGAUGCCACUUCUCAAAUUUGGAGACAUCCUACCUUUUGCCACAGCAAAGAAGGAAUUACCUCCCCUCUUACAACAUUGCCAUCAGAAGCCUUGCAAACUGAAGCGAUUAAAUUAUUUAAGACCUGCCAGUUGUUUAUAAAUGCUGCAGUUGACUCUCCUGCCAUUGAUUACCAUGUAUCUUUGGCCCAAAGUGCUUUGCAGAUCUGCCUCACACAUCCUGAACUUCAAAAUGAGAUCUGUUGCCAACUUAUUAAACAGACCAGACGUCGACAUCCACAAAACCAGGCAGGACCAAUACAGGGCUUGCAGCUCUUGGCCCUCUGCGUUGGACUCUUUCUGCCCCAGCACCCAUUCCUUUGGCUUCUUAAACUUCACUUAAAGAAGAAUGCAGAUUCCAGAACUGAAUUUGGGAAAUACGCUAUAUAUUGCCAACGCUGUGUAGAACGUACCCAGCAGAAUGGAGACCGAGAAGCCAGACCUUCCAGAAUGGAAAUCCUUUCCACUCUCCUGAGAAAUCCUUACCAUCACUCCCUGCCCUUCAGUAUUCCAGUUCAUUUCAUGAAUGGCAUAUAUCAGGUUGUUGGGUUUGAUGCUUCUACCACAGUAGAGGAAUUUCUGAACACUCUGAACCAAGAUACAGGGAUGAGGAAACCAGCUCAGUCAGGAUUUGCACUGUUUUCUGAUGAUCCCUCUGGCAAGGAUAUAGAGCACUGUCUUCAAGGAAACAUCAAGAUCUGUGACAUUAUUUCAAAAUGGGAGCAAGCCUCCAAAGAACAACACCCUGGGAAAUGUGAAGGCACGAGGACUGUCCGCCUUACUUACAAAAACAGGCUUUAUUUUUCAGUUCAAGUUCAUGGGGAGACAGACAGAGAGAAGCUGCUGCUAGUGUAUCAAACAAAUGAUCAAAUAGUCAAUGGACUUUUCCCUGUAAACAAAGAAUUAGCAAUGGAAUUGACAGCCCUUUUAGCUCAGGUAGAGAUUGGAGAUUUUGAACGGCCUUUCUCAACUCCAGCAGGGCAAGUCACUUCCCAGUCUAAGUCCAAUCAAACACUAAAGCAAGUUUUGGAGAGAUUCUACCCUAAGAGAUACAAGCAAGGUUGUUCAGAGGAACAGUUAAGACAGCUUUGCCAGCGACUGUCGACAAGAUGGAUGGCUCUCCGUGGGCACAGUGCCGCAGACUGCGUGCGCAUUUAUCUCACCGUGGCCAGGAAAUGGCCUUUCUUUGGGGCUAAAUUGUUUGUGGCAAAACCUCUAGCAACACCCUCAGUUGAGAAGUCCUUCAUAUGGUUUGCUGUCCAUGAAGAUGGCAUAAGCAUCCUGGAUUACAGCUCCAUGCGAUUGACAGUUACAUACACAUAUAAGAGUCUGAUGACUUUUGGAGGCUAUCAAGAUGAUUUUAUGUUGGUUGUUAACAAUGCUCAGACAAAGGACAAAUCAACUGAAAAACACCUUUUUGCCAUGACAAAACCAAAGAUUCUUGAGAUCACUCUACUGAUUGCCAGCUACAUUAACAACUUUCAUCAGCUAAAAGGAGCUGCUCAUCACCUCUCUGCUCCAGCGUUACUGGCGCCUCAAACUGGACAGAAACUCAAGGAAAUGGGGAGCCAGCCACUUCUUGCAAUCAACAGACCAACUAAAUGUCCCACUUUGUUAUGAAAGGAUUAUGUAUCAUGAUAAUGCAUCCUUGUUAGAGGGUUUCUACGUGGACUGCAAACCUUCUGUUGUACAAGAUGUAGAGCAUAAGCAGCUGUGUAAACAAAAGGAAGGUGGACAGGUUUGCAUUCAUUCAAUUGCAUAUAACAGGAGUAGCCCUUUAAUUAAAGCUGUGGCCUGAAUUGGAAAGAUGAUGUGUCAGUUUAAGGGUUAUGAUUUACUGGGGAUUGCCUGUGCCUACAGCUCAGAAAAAAUGUAUCUGUUUAUAGUGAUGGAAAAAGGUGUCAUUGGAAACAAUUGUACACAUCUUAUAGUUUUAUAGAUAUAUAUACUCAGGGACCAAACUGUCUUCAAUUCUUCAUCUCUAUUUUUCAAAAUUAGAUAAUUUGUAUAACUUUCAUUUUGAAAAGGCAUUUUUGUUUAGAAAAGCAGUCAAAUACAAAAUAUUUUCCACUUCCAGUAACCAUCCUUAUUUGCUAUAUAAGUAUCAUGGGACUAAAAGGAAUAAAUCGUGUAUAAUUGUUUCUCCUUUGGAAAAAAAACCCAAAUACAUAAGCACAUCAUGUAACUAUUACAAAUUUAAAGAGUAUUCUCAUGAUACACUCUAGCCUUUGUUAUACAGCUGUUUUACUUGGCAAAUCUUCAGCCUUAGUCACGUAAAUUUCUAAAUAAACUUAUGCUCCAGCCUUUUGAAAAAAAUCUUAAUUGGAUAGGCACUGUAUUUAGUACAGUUUUGUUAAACAAGACUCUGUACCUAAUUUCUCCUUUAAUCCAGAAUAAUAAUAUAAUACAGAUGGCAAGAAUGACUCACAAUUCAAAACACAAGAAAACCAUUGAUUAAAAUGUUGUGAGUAAACUUGGAGACCUAAAAUCCAUGUACAAUAUGUAUAAUGUGUAUACAUUGAGUCAGAAUAAUGUUUACUUCUUGUUUUUAAUUUGUAUCUAUACAUUUCAUAUUCUAAUACUAAUUAAAUGUUCUUGCACACUGAAGAUAUGAUGCUGCAUCUGCACUAUUGAACCUAGGAGCACUUUCCUGUUGCCUUUUUCAGGUGUAGACCUCAGUGCUACAUAGGUCAAAUGCAUAGAAAUUACAUCCACUGUUUUUCUUGUCCUCUCUUUUUUGUUCCAAUGCAAAUAAACCACUUCUGCAGGCUCUGAAAUGGA